AUGUCUCCAAGGGAACUUGAGGAACUUAAGAAACAACUGUCUGAGUUGACGGAGAAGGGAUGGAUUCGCCCUAGCUCCGCUCCUUAUGGUGCACCUGUCUUGUUUGUGCCCAAAAAGGAAGGUGAGCUGCGCCUUUGCAUCGACUACCGAGGGCUGAAUGCCGUCACCGUCAAAAACGUCGAACCUUUGCCAAGGAUCGACGAUCUCUUGGAUCAGUUGCAGGGUUGUCGAGUCUUUAGCAAGAUCGACCUUAAGUCUGGGUACCACCAGAUCGAGGUGGAUCCCGCCGAUCAGCAUAAGACCGCGUUCCGUACGAGAUAUGGUCAUUACGAAUUCAUCGUGAUGCCAUUUGGUCUAACGAACGCACCUGCGACCUUCCAAAGGUCAAUGAACGAGUUAUUCAGGCAAUGGCUCGACGACUUCGGCAUCGUCUAUCUGGAUGACAUUCUAGUGUAUAGUAAAACACUAGAAGACCACCAGAAACAUCUACGUCUAGUACUCGGGAAGUUACGCGAAGGUAACUUCAAACUCAACCCAAAGAAAUCCGAGUUUGCUAAGUCUGAAGUCUUAUACUUAGGACACAUAGUGAAUGAGGAGGGAUUGAGGCCCGAGGAAAAGAAGAUCUCGGCAAUCAGAGAUUGGCCACAGCCAAAGACUCUGACAGACCUUCGAUCUUUCCUUGGUUUGGCGAGUUACUAUAGAAAGUUCGUUAGGAACUUCUCUGUUAUCGCUGCACCGAUGAGAAGGUUGCUUAAGAAAGGUACUGUCUGGCUAUGGGAUAAGGAUUGUGACUCGUCUUUUCGAAAGCUGAAAUAUGCUUUGACUCACUAUCCUGUCCUCAAGAUUGCCGACCCGUCUCUUCCUUUCAUUGUUACGACUGGCGCGAGUCAGUACGGUGUUGGCGCUGUCUUACAACAAGACGACGGCAAGGGCUACCGCCCUGUUGAGUUUAUGUCUAAACGUCUGUCGUGCGAAAAGAUCGCCAACUCCACCUACGAAAGGGAGUUGUAUGCAUUAGUCUGUGCCCUAGAAACGUGGAAACACUAUCUCCUUAGCAAACAUUUUACGGUGUACUCGGACCACUCGACCCUCAAGUGGAUCAAGACACAGCCUCGAUUGUCUGACAAUUUGGUGCGUUGGUCUGCUUUCAUCGAUACCUUCGAUUUCGAACUCAAAACUAUUAAAGCCAAGGACCCAUCCCAACUUCCUCACUAUCGAUUGUCUGAUGGCUUACUCUUCCUGUUGGACCAGACAGAACAGAGAUUGUGCAUUCCUCACAAGGAAGAACUUAAAAGUCUAUUGAUUGGGGAAUGUCAUGACACAGAGGGACACUUUGGUUUCAAGAAGACGUAUGUUGAGGUGCGUGAGCACUAUGAAUGGAAGGGUUUGAAAGAGGAUGUGCUAACGUAUGUUCGUAAGUGCCAAGUAUGUCAGAGAAACAAGUCGUCUCAUGAGAACCCUUUGGGUUUACUUCGACCACUACCUAUUCCAAGUGAGCCAGGUGAGUCUGUGUCCAUAGACUUCAUGAAACUCACCAAGUCCCGAAAUGGCAAUAGUCAAGUUAUGGUUGUGGUUGACCGUUUCUCUAAAUAUGCCAUGUUCAUACCCUUGCCUGGAGAGGCCAAGACUGAGCUUGUGAUUGCUAAAUUUCAGAUGCGAUGGGUAACUGAGUAUGGGUUUCCCAUUUCUAUCGUAUCUGACCGCGAUGUCAGGUUCACAAGCAUGCCUUGGCAGAAGCUGAUGGAGGCAUAUGGUACACGACUCACCAUGUCGUCAGGCAGACACCCUGAGACGAAUGGCCAGUCUGAGCAAAUGAACCGUAUGGUCCAACAACUUCUGAGAAUGUAUGUCCGUCCUGACCAAAUAGACUGGGAUGAGAACUUACCCAAGAUUGCCGGUGCAUAUAACAAUAGUGUGCAUACCGCGACGGGACGCACGCCUAACGCACUGCACAAGGGAUGGAAGCCUAAGCGUCCCAUUGAUGUUUUAACCAGGGAUCAGUUUCUUAGACUUCCACCAGGGACAAAAGAAUAUGCCAUUAUGUUUCAAGAAGACAUCAAAAAGGUGAAGGGGAAUCUGAGGAAAACCCAAGAGCGCAUGAUUGAACAAGCUAACAAACACCGACGCCCGUCUACUUUUCAAGUUGAUGACUUGGUCUGGGUCAAGUCCAAAGAGUUCACUCUAGAAGAGGAUGUUUCUCAGAAACUCAUGCCUGUCUAUCUAGGACCCUGGGAAGUUCUCAAGGUGAUAGGGGAUGCCGAAGGACCAUCAUACCGGAUUGACAUUCCCCCUCAUCUUCGGACAUACCCCGUCUUUCACGCGUGGGUGCCUCGUCUGUUCGGACCUGGGCAAGUGCCUUAUGCGGUGGGAGCAAGUAGCUCCUCGACUGAGCCGCGUACACGUGCCCAGAUCGAGGCACGAAGAAGUAAACUGGGAGAGCUCCUCUCCCAACUGCUGGUGGAUAUGGAGUUUGCUGUCCCUGCUGCAAGAGAACACAUCCGGGGUAAAUUUGACCUUGAUGCGAUCUCUGAUCGUUUGGCCAAAGCUACCACGGGUGUGGAGAUGAUAGCAGCAGCGACUGAAAUCCACAAGGUUAUUGGCCAGUGUCGUCAGAUACUGGACCAAUUUACCAUCCAGCAGUUGGAAGAGAUUGCCCAACGGAAAGAUACCGUGCCAGAAGUAAAGGUAGAAAGUAUUGAAGAGAACAUACAACAGUUGAAAGAGACACUCGCGAAAGAAGAAAGGAAGCGGGAAGAACUGUUACAAAAGAAAGAACAGGAAACCAGGCUACAGCAGAGAAUGGGUAAAGUUCAGCAGCACGUUUCUUUGGAUGAGAAGGAUGUCGCCCAGACGCUGGGGCAAAUACUGACGUAUUUGGCUUUUCUUGAAGAAAAAUUGGACCAACAACAAUCUAGAAUGGAUGAAUUGGCUGUUGGUCUCCAUGUCAUUACUAGCAUUGUCAAGGGAAAAGCGCCUGUGCUUGAAAAUAAUGAAGAGAAAGAAGAUAAAGAAAGAAAAGCGGACGUCAAGCCCGAGAAGCUGCUUCUUGGUGGAAUGGAAAACUGCGACACAACGAAGAAGGAAACGGUAAAAGAAACCGAGAAGAAACAAGCAGAGAAGAAACCUGAUGGGAAUGGUAAUGAAAACGGGAAUGGGAACGGGAACGGAAAUGGGAAUGGUGGUCCCAACGGUCCCACUCCCCCUCCUAAGGACAAUUCCAAACCCGCAGAUCCGACUACGCCAAAGAAAAAAAAAAAGGUGAAGAUGAAAUUACCUUUUACUUUUUCUAAUAACAAAGAAGAAAGCCUUCCACUCUGGAUUGCAGAGAUCCAAAACUAUGUUGGGACUGCACCGGUAGAAGAAGAGUCGCAAGUUGCGUUCACCACUUCUUGUAUGGGUGGUGAAGUGAAGCAAUGGGUUCUGGCGGAGGCGAAUGCCGCGGGGUUUGACGAUAUAGGCGAUUGGGCGAAAACUAUGACCUUGAAGCAGUUCCUUGCAAAAGUCAAGGACCGCUUUCUGGACAAGACUACGGGCGAUAAGGCCUUCGACCAACUCACUACGAUAGGACAGAAGUCGUGGUCUUCAGUUGAGUCAUUGUCUCGUGAGGUUGACCGAAUGUUGCAGGUUCCCGGUCUUAACCUGCAGGACUCUCAGGUCCUUUAUAUUUACUCGCGUGCAUUACCCGAACCAAUCCGAGGGCACUUGGUCGCCGAGGCCAAGUCCGGUAAGUAUAGUUACCGACAGUUUCGCGACCUGGCGUUGCAGCGGGAACAAAUGACUUCGCAAGUCAAAGGUUCCUAUGCUGCUGCCAUAAAGAAUGGAGGAGGAAGCAGUCGGGGAGGCUACGACAAGCAGGUCAUAUGGCGUCAAAAGCGCCAAGAUCACACCCUCGUCGUAUUCGAUGACGAUACAAUGGAGAGAUGGCCAUUAGAGAAUGAGGGUGCUGGUGACAGCAGCAGUGACCCCGGAAAGGGGGAGGUUACCGCUGCGACGGUCAACAAGGGAGGACCGUCAUCGAACACUCGACCGAAGGGAAGACCACGCUCCUUCCCAUACCAUCCUGGGAUUGCGGCCGACAGACCGUGGCUGGAGAUGGGACUAACCUGGGAGGUGUGGCAAGAUAGAAUGGAUAAUGCGCAGUGCCUCAAGUGUGGCACUGCGGGGCAUGUCAUUGCCUUUUGUCCGUUGAUUAGGAACUCAAAAGGGAGCAGCCAGUAGGAAUAACAUUUGUUCCUACAGAG